AGACGUCGCUCUCGAAAUUUCAACGCGCGAACGCACCGUCGUCGAUUACGAGUUACGUGUUACGAACGUGGCUUCAGCGACGAAAAUUCGAGAGGACGUGGACAUCCACCAUGGGUGUGGAUGAAACUGACCGCGGAGGUCAACGACGGGCUGCGUUCUCGUUUAUAUACGAAUCUCGAAUAGCCAAUCGGGGAUAAACAAGCUGUUACUCGAUAAAGAGAAAGUUAAAUUUGAGUCGCGAGUAUGUUGCGUCGUAUUUUGGUGGAUGAUUGUACCGAAAAUGUAUUGUCGUCGCGGGAACGUUUAUUAUAGAAACAGUUCUUCUCGUUCCCUUCUUCUUAUUCUCUUCGUAUCUAUUUCUCGAAAUUCCUUCGUAUCUAUUUCUCGAGAUUUCUCUCAAACCUUGAAAACCCUGAACAAAGGGAGUCGUUGAUCGUCGCAAAUCGGUUGGUAGCAGCGUUAACGCCUAUUUGCACGGGCUGAAUGGUCUUUUUGCGUUUACAAGAAUGAAAAUGUGUGCGGGCGUAUUAACGUGCGCGUGCGAUGAAAGAACGACACCGUAGCCUCGGGCAUCGGACGAUUCGAAGGGACGUUUCAAGGGAAGAAAGUUUGGUCGUUGUCCGACCAUAAAACCCGCUACGACCGUCUCGAUCGGUUUCGUACGGCGAACGUAAUUACAGGAUAGCUAUCGCGAGCUGGCCAGGGAUAUACAUAUGUACCACGAGACAGGCAUGGUCGGUCUCUUCCUUCCUACGGUUCGCUCGUAUUGAUCGUGCUUUACUUGUUGCACGCAUAGCAGACCCCGACCCCGUGCGCAUUCCCUAACCCUCUUUGUCUUCAUUUUCCAUCAGGGAAUCUAAUUAACGUCCGUCCGAAUUGUGCGAACGCGAUACCCACGCUCGAGUAGAACCUUUUCAACCGUCGAUCGAUCAUUCGAAGAUCUAGUAGCCAUUCUUCUAUCGACCGAAACGAAUUGUCAAUUCCUUUCCCUUUAUAUCCAACCGAGUCGAAAUUUUCUUCGAGCAAAAAAUCGCGAGAAAAUCGAUCGUGCUUCGCGACUAGUAGAUAUCGGUUGAAAUCGAUCCGUUAUCAUUGAUCCGAUAACGAGGAAAAGGGAAACGUUAGGCCCCUAUUUCGCAACGUGCUAUAAAGCAACAAAGUUUCAGAGAACCGAACGAUGAUACCGAGCCUCUUGAGCUAUCAUGAGCUGUAAACGAGUCGAAAGAAAUGCCAGGACCCGACAUCAAGAUGCGCCGCACGCUAACGAUCGUCUCCUUGGUAGUGCUCUUCGCCGCGGCUUCUUCGCCCAUGGAAGAUUCGACCAGGAACGUUUUCGGUCAGUGCAUACUACCGCUAGGCAUGGAGGAAGGAAAGAUUCCGGACAACGCGAUUUCCGCUUCCUCCAGUUACGAGACUAAGUCGGUGGGCCCUCAAAACGCGAGGAUUCGACAAGAGAAGAACGGCGGCGCCUGGUGCCCGAAAGCGCAGAUCAGCAGCGCGAUACGGGAGUACCUGGAAGUGGACCUGACGAGGGACCAUCUGAUCGCGUGGACGGAAACACAGGGACGAUUCGGAAACGGCCAAGGUCAGGAGUACGCGGAGGCCUUCUUUCUCGAGUACUGGCGCGACGCGAAGUGGCAUCAAUACAAGAAUUUGAGGGGUGACAGAGUACUACGCGGAAACAGCAACACCUACUUGGUGGCGAAGCAAAAGCUAGACUUGCCGUUCGUCGCGAGCAGGGUCCGUUUCGUUCCUUACAGUCAACAUCCACGGACGGUUUGCAUGCGAGUAGAAAUCUACGGAUGCGUAUGGGAACAGUACGUCGCGAGGUACGCCGCCCCCAAAGGCUCGACACCGGGCCCAGGAGGAUGCAACGUGGAGGACUCGUCGUACGACGGCACCGAGCGCGACACCGAGUCGUUCCUCGUCAACGGUCUGGGCCAGCUAACGGACGGGAUUCUGGGGGACGUCGCGGAAAUUCUCACCGCCUCGACAAUCGGGACGAACUGGGUGGGCUGGACCAAUCGCGACGUCGUUCAGCUGAUCUUCGAAUUUCAAGAGCUGCGGGAAUUCGAGAAUUGUUCCCUACACGUUGCUCGUCUACCUGAACUGGAGAUCGAGCCGUUUUCAACGUUGCGAAUUUGGUUUUCUACCGACGGUGAAAAUUACCAGGCCGACUCGGAGGUAACGGAGACCCUGUCGAUCGACGCCAGUUCGGCCACCAACGACGGUAUCCUGACGUCGAUCGCGCUACAAUCUAAGAUCGGGAGAUUCGUGAAGUUAGAAUUAAGCUUCGGGGCCAAAUGGUUGCUCCUCAGCGAAAUCACGUUCUACACGGUCUCGGGUAUCAAGACCCGCUCCACCGAUUCCUAUUCCACGUUCGAUGGGUCGUUUCGAGCGGAUCGAAAUCAAAGCGAGUUGACGCCAAAGCCGCCCGAUUCCGAAGGGACGAUACCUGGCUUCAACGAGACAGAUAUUUACGAAACGCACGAGGACGUUUUAACGCCGGAUGCUUUUCCUGUCGGCACGUCGCAAACUUACAUCGGCCUCGUCAGCGGCCUAUUAACGGUGCUCGUUCUCUUCUUAACGUGCACGAUCUUUUUAAUCAAGCAAAGAGGCCGCAAUAAGGUGGCGCUGUUGCAAAAGCACACGGCCCUCCUUUGCGACUCGUCCGCGCCUGGGAUCGCGAUCAGCCCGAAGCACGUUAAGCUCCAGAACUCGAUCGUGAACGGGUUGUCGCUGGGUCGCAAACCGAUCACCAUCGCCACGGUGGUCUCCGCCAGCAACCUCGCAGCUAGCAACUCGCCCGAUCAGUCCGAUCGAGUGCGAACUAACUCUUGGAACACCGCCAAUCUCGAUCGUCGUCCUUCCACGCUCUACGAAAAAACCUACAAAUUGUUCACCGAAGAAAAUUUCGUUCUCGCGGAGCCGAACGCGUCCGUUUGCGCUACCAAUUCGUGCGCCACUGAUAAGAACGCUGCGAAGAAUCACGCAGAUUUCAAAUGCCAGCUAGGGUUCGCGAAAGAUAAGCCUACCGAAUUCGCCGUGCCAAUCACGGCGUACUCGUCGAAGAAGAUGCAUCAUUUUCAAUCAGGGAAAACACCUCAAAAGGUGCACGAAGGAUACUACGCGGCAACGGAUAUUUUGACGAUAAAAAGGCGGGAUCUCCCAUCCACCGUAAGUCCAUUCACGCCACUGCAUAUUCGCGAGAAGGGCGUACGUUUGCCGCGCACUCUCGACCCUUACGACGUACAACGAAUCUCCAGACACAGAUUGAGGAUUCUGGACAAACUCGGCGAAGGAAACUUUGGCUUGGUGCAUCUGUGCGAGGCAAAGGGCAUUACGAAUCCGGAACUGGGAUCUAUCCAGAAUCGGCAAACCGUAAUAGUUAGGUCUCUCUGGCGAGGCGUUGUAGAUUCUUUGAGGCUAGACUUCACGAACGACAUGCACGUUCUGGGAACGCUUCGGGAUUCCAACGUAACGAAGAUGAUCGCGCUAGUGGAAGAGGAACCGUUCGGAGCUGUAUUCGAGUACGGCCAACACGGAGAUCUCCCUACUUUCUUAGAGAGCCGCGAAAAGUCCGGUAACGAGGACACGAUCAGCUAUGAUACUCGCCUAAAUUUUGUCAUGCAAAUCGUAUCCGGCAUGAAAUACCUCGAGUCCUUGAACAUUCCGCACUGCGAUUUGGCAGCGAGAAAUUGCAUAGUCGGCCAAAAUCUGACGAUAAAAGUGUCCGACCACGCCAUGUACUGUAGCAAAUACGAUCAUCAUUAUUACAUCGACGGAUCCAACGCGAAAAUUCCGCUUCGUUGGAUGGCGUGGGAAGCGGUUCUAUUGAGUAAGCGUAGCUGUCAAGCCGACGUCUGGUCCUUCGCUGUGACGGUUUGGGAAAUCUUCAUGAAUUGCGAGGAAAUGCCGUACGCGGAUUUAACGGCGGAACAAGUUCUGGAGAAUUGCGGUCGUUGGUACCAGAGCGAGGCGUGCAUCGUGAACGGGAUCGGUAACAACGACGAAAGGAAUCAGUUUCGAGUUCUCGCGAGGCCCAACCGCUGCUCGGACGAUCUCUAUCGCAUGAUGAACAAGUGUUGGAGCAAACGAACCGAGAGCAGACCUACCUUCGAAGAAAUCUACCUUUACCUAGAGAGACUAGCGCUCGAUUGA